AUGGCGCUCCAGAUCCCAUUCCUCGGGCGACUGCACCCCUACGAAUACCUCGCCCUCCUCCUCUCCUUCGUCCUGCUCAUCCUCGAGACCUUCAUCCGGACGAUAACGCUGCUCCUGCCGACCCCAAUCAUCCGCUUCCUCUACCGCGCCAGCCGCAAUGCCUUCAACUCGCUCUCCUCCCCAUACUCGAGACGAGCAAGACAAAAGAACAAGGGCGUUUCCUCGCCCAUAGCGCAGGCCAGCGACUUUACAGAGCUUGUUGAGCUGUACGGGUACACCGCCGAGGAGCACGUCGUGCAGACAAAGGAUGGCUACCUGCUCGGUCUUCACCGUCUGGCCUGGCGCAGAGGUGAGGAGGACAUGCGUGUCAAUGCCGGCGCCAACUCGAUCCAGAAGAAGCCAGUCUACCUCCACCAUGGCCUUAUGAUGAACAGCGAGGUCUGGGUCUGUUUGACCGAUCGCGAACGCUGUCUGCCCUUCCUCCUGGUGGAGCAAGGCUACGAUGUCUGGCUUGGGAACAAUCGUGGCAACAAGUAUAGCAAGAAGUGUACACACCACUCGCCCUCACAGAACAAUUUUUGGGACUUUUCGAUGGAUCAGUUCGCUUUUCAUGACAUACCCGAUAGCAUCGAUUAUGUCCUGUCUACGACUGGUCAGCCGAGCCUGAGCUACAUUGGUUUCUCCCAAGGAACCGCGCAAGCAUUCGCCACCCUCUCGAUCCACCCGACAUUGAACAGUAAGGUCGACGUCUUUGUCGCGCUGGCACCAGCCAUGGCACCACCCGGCCUUGCUUCCGGCGUCGUCUCAUCUCUCGUCAAGACGAACCCAGAAAUCCUGUUUCUCCUCUUCGGCCGGCGUGCCAUCCUCGGCAGCACAACCAUGUGGAGCGCCCUCCUCUAUCCCGCCAUCUUCGCCUGGUUCAUAGACAAAAGCCUGUCCUUCCUCUUCAACUGGCGAAUGCGGAACAUCACCCCUCACCAGAAGCUCGCCGCCUACCCACAUCUGUACUCGUUCACGAGCACGAAGAGUGUUGUUCACUGGUUCCAGAUCAUCGCCAACGGUACCUUCCAGAUGUUUGACGACGAAGUCUCCACGCCUCUGUCUCUCAGUCAAGGCAGCAAGUACUACAAAGUGGCCAAAUUUCCAACUCGCAACAUCCGCACGCCGAUUGUACUCAUCUACGGCGGCAGUGACUCGCUGGUGGAUAUCAACCUCAUGCUGAAAGAACUGCCUAAACAUACCACUGCGAGGGAGAUCAGGAAGUACGAGCAUCUUGAUCUGCUCUGGGCAUCAGACGUGGAUCAACUCGUCUUCCCACACGUUCUAGAAGCACUGGAAUGGUAUGCGCAGCCCAUAGAAACGAAAGCCGGUGCUCUAGGAUGGAAGAACGAAAGGCCGAACGCCCCCUCCCCGUUCAACGGCUCUCAACCCCCGCAGUAUUCAGAAGGCGAAUACACAGCAAGCAGCGGCGCCCCCAUGAGAGUAGGCGAGAGCGCUUCCACUUUUGCCGCCGCGGCUUCAAGAUCUCGAGAGCGCGCCGCUGCAGGUUUGGGUGCGAGUGGGGCGCAGGCCAAUGGCGGUCAACUGUUUGAUGCAGCGACGGAGGCUGAGGCGGAGUUGACGAAUGCCGCGGAGCAUCUGGAUGAGAGCGAUCUUGAAGAUGAGCAGGAGAGUGUGCCUGAAGGACUCGCUCUUACGCCCGAGCCUCGCGCGGCGAGGGUGAGGUCAAGGCUGCCUAGACUUGCUUGA